AGUUUUUGUGAAAAGUGGGUCAAAGGCAUGAAGCUUGACAUUAGGUUCACUUUUAACCGGUUGUCUCACAGACUCCAACAUCGAUCCGUUGAUCUGGCGCUAGAACAUUCCCUGACCCAUUUUUACCUCUUCCCCCAAUACACUGACACCGAUCCAAACGCUGAGUACACGAAGAUCCAGCAGUUUUAUAACAGAAACAUAGGCAACAAUGAGCAGCAGAUGCUAGCCAUCAACAACAUCGUAAACAACACAUCGCAGGACAUGCCAUUCGUAAUUUUUGGACCGCCAGGUACUGGCAAGACGAGCACCAUCGUGGAGGCCAUUGUACAGAUCUACAAUAGAGAUAGGACGUCCAACAUUUUGGCAUGCACCCCAUCCAAUCGCUCGUGUGACCUCCUCGUUGAAAGGAUGCUGGUCUUUGGAGUGAAACCCAAGGAUGUCUUUAGGAUGUAUGCCGCUUCGUACAACAUUGCACAGAUUCCAGCUCCCAUUAAAAAUUGUAGCAAUGCGGCUGGCAACUUCAUUUUCAUGCCAGCAAAGGAGCAACUCCAGUCAAAUUAUCGCAUCAUUGUAUGCACUCUAGCCACGAGCGGUCGACUCGUUACUGCCAAUUUGAAGUCGGGGCACUUCAGUUACGUAUUCAUCGAUGAAAUCGGCCAGGCCACUGAACCAGAGGCCCUCAUUCCUCUGGCUGGUAUCUGCGAACCUGAUGUUGCAGAUGUACAUGUCGUAAUAGCUGGUGAUCCAAAGCAGCUGGGUCCUGUUCUUAGGUCAACAACAGCCAUCAAGUUCGGAUUAGGUAGUUCCAACUGCAACGAACAACUACGCCAACAUUCUCAUUACGACAACAAUUACAUCGUGAAACUGCUCAACAACUAUAGGUGCCAUCCCUCGCUCCUCCAGGUCUCAAACGAGUUAUUUUAUGAUAAUGAGCUCAUCCCAUCGGCCGAUCCAGUCUUCGUUGGCCAGUAUCUAAGAUGGGACAAACUGCCGAAUCCUGCCAUGCCUUUGAUCUUCCACGGCGUGAGAGGUAAGGAUGAGCGUGAGAGUUCCAGCCCAUCAUUUUUCAACAUUCAGGAAAUAGUCCAAGUCAAGUUCUAUGUUGACGAACUGAUGACGAGCUCGCUGAGGGUCAGCUGCCAAGAUAUUGGCAUCAUCACGCCGUACAGAAAACAGGUUAUUGUGCAUAAGUUGAAACAGGCUCUGAGGGGAUCGCGCUAUAAAGACAUCACCGUGGCAUCAGUUGAGGAGUACCAAGGCAGGGAGAAAAAGGUAAUCAUAAUCAGUACCGUUAGAAGUACGAAACAUUUCAUGCUGUACGACGCUAAGUUCAACGUUGGCUUCUUGAAGAACCCAAAGAGGUUCAAUGUGGCCAUAACGAGGUGUCAGUGCUUGUUGAUAGUCAUUGGAGAUCCUCACCUUCUGACCGCUGAUCCGUGCUGGAGGAAAUUGCUGAUGUACUGCGUAACGAACAACUGCUACGUUGGCACUCCGUUCAAACUGAACGAGAACGAAGAACUUUCUGAUGAGACUGACAUACUGGAUACUCAGCUGGAUGCAAGUCCAAUCCAAAACAUAAAUGACGCUGAUGGUGUUGUUGGCAUCAAAGAAAACAAAGACUCCAAUGUGGAUGACACGAUUUUAAACCUCAAUGACAUGUGCCAGCUGUUCAAAGAAAUGCAGCUAGAACAAUUAGCUUCUUAA